AUGAUUAUGGCACCUCUCAAGCCCCUAUUCGCACCAACCACCACUCCACCAGAGUCAGCCUUGGAUACAAAGGCCCCCCGUCAGCGACUCCUCCUCAACAAUUUCCAUCCAUCCAGCUGGUUCCUCCUCGCAGCGUCCCUGCAAGGACUGCUGACAUGGCUAUUCCCAACAGCCUUCACAUUCAUCCCGGCGGCGCUCAUCCUCGCAUACCGCGGCGUCAAUGUGCUCUUGAUGACAUACGGCCUGAAGGCAAACCCGGCUAUGGACGGCGUCAUUACGCAGAAAUUCUCCGCCCAGAUUCCAGAUGAAAAUGGUGAUUUUGGCGAGAGGCCGUCGCGCGAUAGUGUCGUCGUCCUGUUGCUAGGCGCGAAGUCGAAUCACCCCCUGGGAAUCCUCACGCCCGGAUUCCAGAAAACGGGACAGUACUUCGACUCAAUGGGCAGGGAUCUAGAAAAGAACAGGGAAGAAUAUGGCUACCUAACUAGCACCUCCUACAUCGCCAACAACGACGCAUCACACAGCGCCGCCAGCGGGACACUGACAGUCUACUACUUCCGCUCCAUGGCCGGUCUGCACAGAUUCGCACACGCGCCUGCACACCGCGCCGGCUGGGACUGGUGGAAUCACACCGUCAAGGAGCAUCCGUAUCUCAGUAUCAUGCAUGAAGUGUAUGAGGCGCCUGCUGGGGCAUGGGAGAGUAUUUAUGUUAAUUAUAAGCCGAUUGGCCUGGCGACGGCGGUGUUCCCGGUCAAGUCUGCUGGGGGUGAAGAUGGAGACAAGGAGAGUGGCGAGAAGCAGUGGAUGGGGAGUAUUGUUGAUGCCUCGAGGGGGAAUAUGAAGUUGGCGAAGAAUAGGCUGGGUUGGGAUGCGAAGUGA